AAAACCCUUUUCAAGCCACACUAUUCUGCUUUAGUUACUACACAAGUGCCGCUCUCCCUUCUUUGCUAGUCCACUGGAAGCUGCUCCACUACGUCCACCGCUAACAGAGCUGAGAGAGAUGAGACGAGAGAGAUGAGAGGGAUGAGACACGGGAAAAAACGGGAGUUGAGAGCUGUAAAUGAGAGCGGGUGGAAAUGAACUAAGGUGUGGAGGGAUGCUCUAGACGCCAUUAAAACUAGCGUUCACAGCGUUGCAGGUUCCCUGUUCAGUCGAAUCUUUGGGUUGCGUGUGAGUGACUCCGGACGCCAUUUUGAAUAGCGUCCCACGUGAACGAGCGCAGGAGUGACAGGGAAUCUGGUGCAGAGGGCUUUGCACGCCAUUUUGAUUGGCGCCCGAACCAGCACGCUAUUUUGAAUAGCGUUUUGACACCGAUUCACACACGUCAGCCGAACUCACCCCCUUCCCGCUAUUUUCUUCAACACCACCAUUUUCUCGUAUAUUACGUUGUGCAGUACACCUGUACAGUAAAAACCCCCUACAGCCGCUGCUUCAUUUUCUGUGCUUAAGGUUAUGUCUUGUAAGAGACGCUCGAGUUUCGGGCUAAACUUUGCCAUGGAAGAGGUUCAAGGCAGCUAGUGGGUGCUGUGCAGAUAGUUUCCUUCUCAGAUCAAAACUGCCAAGAAAGAGUCUAAUUCUAGCUAGCAGUUUUCUGUUCGAAUAGUUGAAUUUUUUAUUAUAUGGUCUUAUUAGCUUCUACUUAUUUACUUGCUGGUGCAGUCAAAGUUGUAAAAUUGAUGUUGAUGUUCUGCAAUAUGGCAUGGAUUCUGCUAAAAAUUUAUGUAGGUAGCUUGUUUUAUUAGAAGUGAUUAACCGUGUGAAUUCGGCAAAGCUGCAGCAAGUGCAACCAUCUUGGUGUUACAGAAAAUCAAUAUCUGGCAAUUGUACACAAUCAAUGAACUUUUAAAUUUCAUCUCAUGUCGAUUAACACGUCGGUCUGGGUGGUGUAGUUGGUUAUCACGCUAGUCUCACACACUAGAGGUCCCCGGUUCGAACCCGGGCUCAGACACCAUCGAGAGCUGUUUUUAUUGGUGUUUGUUUGUUUCGUUCGCUAUGCAUUUAAACGUUUUCUGGUACAGGACAAUUUGUCCCGUUAAAGCUCCAGAAUUUGUGAUUUUUUUUUUUUAAUUUCUCCAUUUUGUUUGGUGCCUGUACUGAUAAGUUAUAGGAUUGUUUAGUUUGAGAAAGGGAGAUGGAUUAAGAAACUCUAACAGCAGAAGAUCUAAUCAGUGCCUUGGGGGAAGUAGAUUGGUCUAUGCCUCCUCGUUCUGUCAGUGAGUUCUUCUCUAAAUUCACCUUCCCUCGAUCCUAUCCCAAGUGGAAGAGCCGCCUCAAGUGCAAUCUCUAUUACCAUAGGACAAACUACUUCAUUUUGAUAGUGCUCGUUCCCGGGGUUGCAUGUCUCACAAGGCCUACGGCUAUUCUUGCUGCUGCUUUGACAGCUUUAAGCAUUGCUUUUCUCAAUGAUACUACUUUCAGUGAAAAGGUAACAAGAACUGUAAGACAGUUCUCUCCACAUUUGGCUGCAAAGAUGAGGCCUCCUCACAUAUUAGUUGGUGCUCAGUUGGCUUUCUAUUUUUGUUUCUGAAUUGGAUAGAAAUUGUGCUUACCACACUUGCAAUUUACAGGCCUGUCAUCCGUGGCCGUCCUUCUGCCAAAAAAUCAGUAUACAUAUCUGUGGCCAACCUCGUGGAGUGUUCAUCGUUUUAGUCUCAGUUGGUAGUUAAAUUCCUUCUUAAUCAGUAUUGUACUAUAACCGGCUAUGAUCAUUCUAAUGAAUCUUGCUUGAUCAAA